CACCCAGAUGUCUCUCCAACAGCAGCAACUCCCCUUCCCCUUCCUCCUCGACCACAAGGUGCACGACCCCUCCUUCCCCUCCCCGCCCCCCUCAGACAGGUCCACCCCAGAGCUCGACGCUUUCACCCACAGCGCAGCCCUCGACCCCGCAGACUCUCCCACCACCGACCUCGUCUCCCCCAGGAGCUCCAUCGCAGACAUAUCCCACACACACCCCCACCCCGCCGCCGACGACGACGACACGGCCGAGGCCCUGUCCAAUCACCACCUCCAGCGCUACCUCCACUACAAGGCCCUUGCCGCCCGCGCCGAAGCCGACCGUGCUCUUGCUGCUUGCCAACACUCGGACGGCGCCCCCACCGACGACCGCGUAGAAGACCUGCUCUCGUCGUACAUGCCAGACUCGGCCGAUUCGUCCCUCUUUAGCAAAGACAGUAUUGUCUCUGGUGACAACAUGCUUGCCUACCAGCAGCAGCGACAGCAGCAGCAGAUGCCCCAGUCUGCCUACUACCAGGUCGGCCAGUCCAUCAACUCUUGGCAGCACCCGAACGCCGCCUUUGGCUUCCAGCCGCAGCCCUCCCAGGCGGCGAUGCACAACGCCCAGGCACAGGCCCAUCUCCAGGCGGCGGAGGCCGCUCGCUUCCAGGCGGACGAACAGCGCCGCGUCAACAUGUCUACCUACUACAUGGCCCCUCAGCCGGCCGCCCGCUUCGAGCAGUCUGCCCAGGGCGCCAUGUUCCCCCAGCAGGGUAUCACCACCGGCGCUUCUGCCUCGUACGCCAGCACCCCCUCGUACCCUGGCGGCGCCAACAUCCUCAUGCACAAGACGCCUUCCAUGUCUGGUUUCACCGUCGCCUCUAGCAGGCGUCCCAGCGAGGAGGGCGAGGACGAGCUGCUCUACUCUUCUGGUGCCGAGGACCCCAAGCCCAUGGUGCCCAGGAUCCCUGUGGCCAACGCCCAUGGCGGUGGCCGUGGCUAUGUGCCCGGUCAGACUCCUGACGACCCCAAGAAGAAGCACAAGUGCCAGAUCUGUGGCCGUGGUUUUGCUCGAGCUUUCAACCUGAAGUCUCACAUCCAGACCCACAACCCGCUGCGACCAAAGCCCUAUGCCUGCCCCCACAACACGUGCAAGCGCGGCUUCUCUCGUCUCCACGAUCUCGAGCGUCAUCGUCAGGGUAUCCACUCUGACGGCCCUCUCGUCGAGGCCAAGCGUCACAACGUGUCGCCCGCCAUCGCCCGUGCUCAGACGAGGAUGCAGGAGCGCGCCGACUCUGGCAGCCUCAUCUAAGUCCCUCACGGGCACCAACCAACUGAAUAGAAGCUGCUUUUCGCGCUUCAAACCGUUUUCCCCCUCCGACUCUACCCCAUCUGCGGCAUUACCGAGCCUUUUCUCGUGUCGUCUCAUCACUCUCCUGACUCUCUCUCUCUCUCUCCGCCAUUCUUGCCUCCGCCAAACAAAUCCAAAAUGCAGCGCCGCCGCCUUGUGCGGCAUCAAACUCCAGCCGGAGCCUGCUUUUGUUUGCGCCAGAAUCUUGUGUGCUGAGCAAUGAGAUGAGUCUAUGGAUUCAGAGACGGCACGUGAAGCUUGCUCUGCGAGCGAGUUCAGGCCAUGGGUAAUUGCUUGCUUGAUAGUCGGCACCCCUGCUCUUUACCAUUGUCACAUCUUUGGCUUUCUGCGUCAUUUCUUUUUCAUCACCCUCCCUCCCCCAUUCAUCGUGUAUCGUCCCCAACUACCUACCUCGCACCACACGGUUUGGCCGCCUCAUCCAUCCCGCAAGUCCCCCUCUUUCUCGACCGCCAAAAGUCAUCAGCACCACCGCUUUAUUUGAAAAUAUCUUCAUCUUUUUGUAUUAUCAUAACUCUAUUUAGAUUUCAUAGCGGUGCUUCCUUUUUUCGUUGCUUGAUGACUUGGCGAGUUAGAGGCUAGGAUUUGCCUAGUGAUAGGAUCUUGGACCGUCAACGUGUUUUGUGCUUUCUUUUCUUCACUCUUCAUCUCUGUGUAGCCUUGUUGUGUAUCAUUAUAUCAUAGAAAAGGGUUCAAUAGAAAACUUUGAAAGCCUGCGCUUGUGAAUGUAUAUUUCAUCGGCGAGA